AUGAAUAUCUGAAGCAUUAUCCUCCUUCUUGCUGGGCUGGGUAUUGGAGUGUUUGUGUACUUCACAACACUCUUUGAUCAACCAAUGAGUUAUAAGUAUGGAGAAACCUCUGACCAAAAUAAAGCAGAGGUUGAACCUUUAGAGGCACUUGCUACAAAUAUUUACAAAGAGAAUAAGAACAUCAAUUCUCUUUUAAAGUCACUUAUGACCACGAAGUUCUUCAGGAUCUUCAGGACAAACUUGCUGAGAGAUUGUGAGUUCUUUAAAAAGAAGCAGAAAUGUAUCCUAGGCAAGUGCCCUGUCUAUGAAGAGGAAGAAUACAAUAUAACUCACAUUAAAACUUAUAUCGUAAAUAAAACUUUGGAUUCGAAAACUCAGGAAUUUACAAAGCAUAUCCCUAUCGAAGAGUACGUUGAUCAUUCCGAUGGCUGGAUGGUGGAUGAGCAUCUAGAUGAGGAAGGGUCUUUCUUAGACAUACAAAAGAACCCUGAGAGGUUCACCGGAUACAAUGGCUCAAUCAUUUGGAAUGAGAUUAAUAAACAGACACAGCUCAACCAUAAUUUCUCAACUCCUGGACCUCACCAAGAUUUUCUGUAUCGUAUUGUUUCUGGUCUUCAUUCAAGUAUUAGUACUCAUAUCAGUAAGUUCUACCUUGACGAUAUUGAGGCUAGAGAAAACUUUUCAUUGAUUGACUUCUACACCAACUACGAUAUUUUCUACGAGAGAGUUGGAAAAUAUCCUGAUAGGGUGAAGAAUCUCUUCUAUAUAUAUGGAUUUUUCCUAGAUGCUUUGAACCAUAUUAUUGCGAAUCUGCCUCAUUAUACUUACUAUGCUGACGAUGAAUCUAAGAACCAGAGGAUUCAGAACAGAAUGCAGUGGUUCGGACACUAUGUUUCAAAAAUAAAAAAUACUGAAAAGAUUCAUGAUGGCCUCUACAAUGAUAUUUCAAAGAAGGAGUUGGCAGAGAAGAUCAAGCCGAUGUUCCGUAAUGUUACAGAACUUUUGAAUUGAAUUGCAUGUGAUGUCUGUAAAUUCAACGCUAGAAUCCAGUUUGUAGGAGUAGCAACUAUGCUGAAGAUCCUCUUUACUGAGGAAGGCAAGAAAGUUGUUCUUUCCGAAAAUGAAUUAGUUGGAUUAAUGAACACAAUUUUUAGAUUAUCUAAUAGUAUAAAAUGGUAUGAAGAACAACAAGAUCAUGAAGCUGGUGAAGCCUUCUUUAAGACAAUGAUGUAUUGAAUAGCACUAGCAAUCGCAGUGAUUCUAAUAAUCCUAGCAAUAAUGGUACACUGCAUUUCUAGCUCCAGGAAGGACGAAGAGAGAGUUCCACUCAGAAUGCAAGAUGCUUUAAGGACUUAGAUUUUUAUGAAGGAAUUCGAAA